AUGGCCAUGGAUGCAGCAGCCAAGCGAUUCUUCACCUCGCCAUACUUUGCAGUCGUGGGGGCGAGUCAGGAUGAAUCCAAGUUUGGAUACAGAAUCUUCGCAUGGUACCACACACACAGCCUGCCGGUGGUGCCCAUUAACCCGACGCGGCCCAGCAUCUCAGUCCCUUCGAAGCGCUACGACACCGUGCCUUUGGUAACGAUGCUGCCACACGCAUCAGAGACAGCAGUGUCUUUCCUGACGCCGCCUGCUGUUACGCGCAAGGUGCUGCAGGAGGCACAAGCCGCUGGUGUCAAGGCCGUUUGGCUUCAGCCGGGCAGCUUCGAAGCCCAGGAUCUGGAGUUUGCGAAGAAGAACUUUGAGUCCGCGGUCGGUGGGUAUGAGGAUGGCACGGUUGGUGGUGAGGGUUGGUGUGUGCUUGUCGAUGGUGAGAAUGCUUUGAGCGAUGCGGGCAGGAGCUGGGGGAGACAGAAGCUGUAA